AUGACUGCGCUCUUCGGAGCUACGGUUUCCGCCGUGAACCACCAGAACGUUUUUAACAUCUACGACUCCACAGACUGCACUGGCGAUCCCAUCGGCAGCUUCACUGGCGACACGACAUACGACUCCAACUUUGUCACCAACUACUCAGGCCGCGUCGGCUCCAUCAUAUUCAGCGAAGUUUCCGCUUAUGCCGGCGAGCUGAAUGACGGUACCGACUGCAUCAUCACGGGUACGAUCUGCUGCGCUUAUGCACCGACAUGCAGGAUCAACGAAUAUGCGAGCUUCGUUACUUGCACAUCGAUUGAUAUGGACGUGGAUGGUAAGAAGGUUGCCGAGAGCGAAUAG